AUGAAGAUAUACACCCGUUCUGGCGAUACCGGGCAGGCGUCACUGUACAAUGGCGAUAGGCUGUAUAAGGACGACGCAGUGUUUCAGGCACUCGGGGACGUGGACGAGCUCAAUUCGGCUCUUGGCGUGGCCGCAUCCUUCCUGACCAACAAGACGCUACUUGAGCAGCUGGAGAUCAUCCAAUCCCGACUGAUCGAUGUGGGUUCGGCGGUGGCCACUCCAUUACCCACUUCCCCAGAGAACAAGCUUCAGCGGACUCACUUCCCGGGUGUCGUACACGCACAGCAACUGGAGGGAUGGAUUGAUGCCAUGGACGAGCACCUUCCACCGCUGAAGAACUUCAUCUUGCCGUCGGGUGGUCGCGGCUCUUCGGCUCUACACCACGCCCGGUCGGUGUGUCGGCGGGCCGAGCGCAGCGUGGUGGUGCUGUCCCGACGUCAGACUAUCAGCCUGGAGGUCAACACCUACCUGAACCGCCUCAGUGAUUUCCUCUUCACUGCAGCGAGAUUCACGGCCCAUAGCGACGGAGUACCGGAGGUGAUCUACAAGAAGAGCUCCUGA